AUGUGCUCGUUCAUUGCCGCGUUGUAUUUGGUUGCUUUGUGCUCUCCAUGGGUCAUCUAUCGAAGAAGCCAAAAGAAAAAACUCAUUUGCAAAGAAGAAAUGAUUCUGACGAACAACACCAUCCUGGACUAUUCGUCAGAAGAUGCUUUUAUGAAUAUGAGCAGACGAAGAAGGGACAUCGUACUCGAUCCGACAAACAUGGAACCGGUCAUAUUUCUUGGUACCAACAGCAACUCGUCCAGCUACGUGGACGAUGGUGACUUUGACAUUAUCGCCGACGGUCUGACACAAGACGAAAUCGCCAAAGUGAAGCAGAGCAUCAUCGACACUUGUAACUCAUUGAAGAUCACUUGA